AUGGAUUUCCAAGCUGGCAUCCUUCAGGAUGGAAGCCCCAUGGAGAACCUGGAGAAGCAGCUCAUCUGCCCUAUCUGCCUGGAGAUGUUCAGCAAGCCGGUGGUGAUCCUGCCAUGCCAGCACAACCUCUGCCGCAAGUGUGCUAACGAUGUCUUCCAGGCUGCCAACCCAUACUGGCAGAGCCGGGGCAGCAUGAUUUCAGGAGGCCGGUUCCGGUGCCCGUCGUGCCGCCAUGAGGUGCUGCUGGACCGUCAUGGUGUCUACGGGCUGCAGAGGAACCUGCUGGUGGAGAACAUCAUUGACAUCUAUAAGCAGGAGUGCUCCAGCAGGCCGCUGAAGAAGGGGGAGCACCCCAUGUGCAAGGAGCACGAGGAUGAGAGGAUCAACAUCUACUGUGUCACCUGUGAGGUCCCCACCUGCUCCAUGUGCAAAGUCUUUGGUGCCCACAAGGACUGCGAGGUUGCCCCCCUACAAACCGUCUUCCAGGGACAGAAGACUGAGCUGAACAACUGCAUCUCCAUGCUGAUGGCAGGGAAUGACCGGAUCCAGACAAUCAUCUCCCAGCUGGAGGACUCGUGCCGAAGCACCGAGGAGAACAGUGAGGCAGCUAAGCAGGAGCUAUGUGCUCGCUUUGACACCGUGGCAGAGCUGCUGGAGGAGAAGAAGUCUGAGCUGCUAGAGCGCAUCACCCGUGAGCAGAAUGAUAAGAUGGGCUUUGUCCGGGGCCUCAUCUGCCAGUACAAAGAGCAGCUGGAGAAAUCAAGCCAGCUGGUGGAGACAGCCAUCCAGGCCAUGGAGGAGACUGGGGGGGCCACCUUCCUCAUGAGUGCCAAGCAGCUCAUUAAAACAAUCGUGGAGGCCUCCAAGGGCAGCAGGCUGGAGAAAAUUGAGCAUGGCUACGAGAAUAUGGACACCUUCUCAGUGAGCCUGGACCAUCUCGCUGAGGCAGUCCGCACCUUGGACUUUGACCCUGCUGAGGAAGACGAGGAGUACUUUGAUGGGGAGGAAGAAGAAGUGGAGGAAAACACAGUGCCUGAGAAGACGUUGAUGGCCGCCCGGGUGCCGGUGAGCAGGCUCACCCUGGGGCAGGCGGCUGCCGGCACUUUGCGGCCGGCCUGGUCCUCCCUCCCCCGGGCGGUUUUGCACACGAGUCCCCGUCGCUUCACACGAGCCGAGGCCACCGGCUGCCACCAGCGCCGGCCACGCACCGGAGUCACCCGACCGGGUCAUCCGUCCGGCCUCCCACCACAGAGAACGAUGGCAGCCGGCGAGGAGAAGCAGCGGCUGCUGAGCAAGGGCGCAGGCGGGUAG